GGACACCGACGAGCGGAGCGAUCAAACUGAGGGGUCCUUGCCAUCACGUGGCAUGCUGACUUCCGGAAAUAAGCAGUCAUAAUGCUAUUGUGCCGCAGGCGUGAGAAUAGCAAGAACAUGCCCUAUGGCACACCCACCGGAGUUGCUCUACCAGAAUGCACCGCGUGCUAGUUCGGCUGGCCGGCAGCAUGCCGGCCUAUAGCUCGGAAACAUUGAAGAGGUGGAGCCGAGUUUGCGCUCUUGUAAAAAUGAAAAAGAGCUCGUCCGCUGCGAACUUGUGCACACGUACUCCGGCAUCAGUUGAUCACCAGGCUACUACGCGCCCCGCUCGGCGCGCCAACUUAGGCAGGGGCGAAGUUUCGGUCCUCUUGGAGUCGUAGGCGUGACUUAUCUAAUUUCGUCGACCACUGCGUGGCACGUCGAAAACCACCGUACUAUAUCCGCGCGUUGGUCUUAUCACCGCGAGCGUUGCAGUCACGUGGUGUCUACUUUCACGACGGACGACAAUCAGCCGGCCGUCCCCUAUUGCCGAUGUAACGUUUGGUCGAACUGCCGGCACCACCGGGGCUGCCUGCAGCAAACGCGGCGUCUGCGCUGUGUAGCCGGCAUUUUUACGACAAUAUUAGUCGCAAGAGUAGUAAAUUAAAUCCGGUCGUAUAGUAUUCGAUAGUUUGUGCCAUUCGACGUUUCUGAAAACUUCAAGCGUGAAUGGCGGUCGUCGCUGCCCCCGGAUACCGCUUCAUCCACGCCGCCAGGCAAUGGAGAAAGCGUACACGAAAGCUUUCCUGAAUUCGAGCACGAAAGAUAUCGCUGACGCUGCAGCUGGCGAAGCACGCGCUCCGGACAGGACAGCAUGUGAGACCGUGUUUGAGGGACAGCCUGCGCUGUACUUCAUCACUUCCAGGUUCUACUCGAAAAUGUGCUUCCCUUAGCUUGCAGCACCGACGCGCGCCUCAUGAGGUCUCACCUGUUGAGCAUCGUGAAGGAGACGACAUUCACACCGCUCACUUCCGAAAUGCUGCGCUCACCCGCUGUCAGGAUGACGAACCUCAAGGAAGCAACCGGUCUGAGCGCCGCCUUGGUCAGGUGCUCCAAAGCUACUGGGGACUGAGCCCCAUUGGUUGAUUGAAAGAGUCAUUUGUGAGGGAAUGGCCGAAUACUGCACCAGGGACGCCAAUUUCUGUUCAGACAUGCACAAGAAGAAGUAGGAGGUGCGCGUGUUCUCAGGAGAAUAACAAGUUCGAAAGUCAUUACUGCUCGAAAUCCCAGGUGGCGACAAGGUGAGGAGAGGGAAACUAAAGCAGCCACAACGACCUAGACAAGCGGAAUGCUCUCUUCUUGAGAAAAUGGACAAGAUGCGAAAGUAACUGUACGUCCGCACGCCCCGCACGACGCGGGGUGCGUCACCCGCACCCCAGGUGGACAGCUGCUGGUGUGUGCCGGUCCUGUCGGCGAUGGCCAUGCUGCUAGUGUGCCUGCCGUCUUCAUACAUGCCGCUGCUGUAUGUCGCUUUCAUCGAGGACUACGACAUAAGCCGGGAGAGCGCUUCUUGGCCCGAAAGCAUGCUCGUCAUGGCCACCCACUUGUCCGGUCUAGUUCUGGGAGCGCUACAACGUCACCUCAGCGCCACCAAUAUGAUUGUCCUGGCCUCUUCACUUGCGUCCAUUGCUUUAGUUUUGUCCUCGUUCAUCAGUGGCGUCGCCGGAAUGUCCAUCACACUGGGAGUCAUGUACGGUCUUGGCUUGGGAAUGUUCGUCAUUUCUGCCACUGCCUACAACCUGGCUCUUUUCGACAAGUACAGAGGCACCACCAUGUCACUCAUCUAUAUCGCCUGGAGCGCCGCCGGCAUAGUUGCUCCGUUGUUGCUGAAUCGCCUCCGCGUCGCCUAUCCUCUCAAGGGAGCGCUGCUGUUGACCGGUGCCCUGCUGAUGCAGGCAGUUCCCCUAUCCAUGCUCCUCAGCAACCCAUCGCCAGUAAAGAUUGCCCGCUUUGCCGCUUGGCUUCCAGUUACAAGGAUUGCGUCGGCAAAUACCGUUAGCAAGGAACAACUUCCUCUUCCGUAUCAGUGUGCACCAAGGCAUGAUCGCCACAGUGACGCAUCGAGAACUGGGUCAUACAGGACGGCCGGGGAGUCUAUGGGAGAGGUUAAAGCAGAAGAGUCACUUCGCUUCAAUGACAAGCGUCAAACAAGAGAUCACACUUACGAAAGCCUGGAAGAGACAAGCAAGUGUUCUACAGGUCCCGAUCCUGGGAAUGCGUCGAGCCCGUUGAAGCAUGUGGCAAGCCUGCUCCACACCCCAACCUUCUACAUCCUUCUGGUCGCCACUGUGGUGGCAGACUACUCGCAAAUGUCGUUCGGCACGACAAUUGUAGACUACGCUGUCGACAAGAGCAUCAAGCCGGAAGAUGCCGCGCAGCUUGUGGCGUUCAGCGCCGUGGGGAAGCUGCUGGGGCGAGUCGUCGUUGUGCCGUUGUCGGACAUGGCUCCUGCUAGUCGCUGUCCCCUCCUGGCGGUCGGCUUCGCACUCGAAUCCCUGUCGUCACUCAUGAUGACGGACGCCAGCUCUCUUGUCAGCAUCGCGGCCCUACAGAUAACCGAAGCUGUGGCGCAGGGGUACUCUGCACCAGCGCGGAGCAUCCUGGCUGCCGAAUAUCUAGGUCUGGACAAAUUCAUGACCAGCGCGGCCUUCAAUGGACUGGUCAUGAUACCAGUAUCCUUUGGCGCUCCUUCGAUUCUGGGUGAGCACAAGCAGCCGCGUCACUUGUCCCGAUAUGGCUGA